AUCUUUUUUUUUAAUUAUUAUUUUUAUUUUAUUUAUUUUUAUGUGGACGGCCCCCCAGGUCUGGGACCAAAAUUAAAUUCUUCUUAGGGCCUCCUACAGCUUUGCGCCGCCUCUGCCAGUGAAGCUGAUCUUCCAGCAGUAGAUUUGCGCUUUGGUAAAUCUGGCCGCUCCGCUCCCUCCUCCUCUUCCUCUUCCUCAUCAUCCUCCCCAGUCGGUCCUCCCGGGCGGAGAGAUGGGCAGAGGGAGGGGGUCAGGAGCCGGGCAGACGGCUCUGCUCUUUAAACUCCUUUUCUUAGUUCCCACAAUAUGGUGUGUGCUACUAAACUCUCCUGACGGAACUGACUGCAGUUAUCGGAUUAGAGCGCUGCAGUUCUGGAGCUGGAGACGGACGGAGCGGCCGUCGAUCGCGCCUUUAGGCAAAGUCAACUUUCCGAGUGACUUCGCGGGACUGCAUGCAUUUUAAACGAAGCGUUUGAAAGGCUUGAUUCUUUCUUUCUUUUUUAUUUAUUCGCUCUUGGGGAGAUUAAGGCGAAACGGAGCGCAUUGGAUCCGCUAAAUCUUUGCGCGAACGUCGUUGUCUGUAAGUAUUUUCUCGCAAAAGCAGAAUCAAAGUUAUUUAAAUCCCAAACAAUAUCGCAAACUACUAGUAUUAUUAGAUGUUUUAUCGUUAUUAGACAUGUUAGUGAAACAAAACUGGAUUUUCUGCUAAUAUUUUUUAUUUUUUUUAAAUUACAGAUAAUUCCUUAAAUCUCCCGGGAGAGAGGUUUCGCCCACUUUGGCCAAAGAGGUGCACAUUUCUUUCUGUUAUGUCUGUUUCCUCUCUGCCAGAAUGGAAGCAGCUUCUUCUGGAGAGAAAGAGGAGAGAGGAGGAGCAGCGAGAGAAAAGAGAAAAGGAGGAGGAGGAGAAGCUGGCCAGCAUGCCCGCCUGGAAACGAGGGAUCAUCCAGCGGAGGAAGGCCAAGCAGGAGAGUUUAGGUGACAGGGACAGAGACAUCUGCCUGCUCCAGGUGGAUGCCAGAACUCCCUCUGACUGCCUGAGUGACACUGACAGCUCGAUUACGGUCAAUCUGGGAAGUGAGACAUCGCUCAGUCCGGAUCCUGGGAUGUGGCUGGAUGCAGAGCCCAAACCUGGAAGCCAGGUGUCGAUGGAAACCAUUGUUCCAGUCCACGAGAAUCCAUUUAUUCGUACCCAAAGUGUGUGGAGAAAAGGCAAAGAUCUUGAGGCGGCAAAUGAGGUGGAGGGAAAACUCUGCGUCAGGUCGCAAGAAGUGGAGGUGAGCAGAGGACGAGAUAUCGAGCUGAAAAUAGAAAGGUUUAGGGAUUUGAGUGAAGGGUGGGAGAAAGAGAAGAGCAGGGAGAAGAGUCUAGGAAAAGAAAAGGAGAACAACCAAGAAGGAUGCGAGAAAGACAAACAACAGUGGAAAGACUCAGUGAAAGAGCAGGAGCUCCUUAAGGGGAAAAAAGAAACAGAGGAAAAAGAUGUCGUUCAACCAUCUGGUCAGUUUUCACCGGUUCUUCCUUGCCUUCGAACCAUCCGAGCCGACAACAUCAUCAUCAUCGAACAGGACCGAAAAGGCAGCGAUGAAAGAAGGGCAAGAUGGAGGGAGGCAGAAAGAGAGAUGUCCGAGGAGGACCAGCAGGGGAAAAGAGGGAUGAAGAUGGACCUGAGGGAGAUCCUGGCAGGAGGAGGGAGCGUGACGGAGAUCCGAGCUUCUGAAGUUCUGAUCAUCAAGCCGUCGGUCAGCGUCGAAGAGCGGACAGAAGGGGGAGGAAAGACUAGAGAGGAUGGAGAAGGGAAGAGCAGCUUGGAUUUAACCAGAGAUACAAAAUCAGAAAUGUCCUGGCUGAGAGAAAAAGAGAAGGAUAAACCCUGGGGUCAGGCGACUGUGAUCAAUAAAGACGAGGGAGGAGACAGCUGUGAUGAUAACGUGUUUAUUGAGAAGGGAGGAAGGGUCAGCAAGCUGCUCAGUAAGUUCGGAGAGCAUCCAAAGCCUCCAUCUCGGUCCAAAAGUUCGGAUAACUUCCUCCAAUCAGGGAGGAGAAAAUACUCUGGAGACCAAGAUGAUCGACAGUCUGAGGAGAGAAAAGCAAACGGAAAGAACAUGCUGAUGAAAAACAUCCCUAAACGCUCCUUCAGCUUCUCGGAUCGAGUCAUUGGUGCUGUUGAAAACGGGUUAUUAGACGUAGGUGGUCAAGAGAGGAUUCAUCAAGACAAAAAUGCUGCUCCUUGGGUGGAUGUAGUAGGGGUAGCAAAGCUCAAACUGAGCUGCAAGGAGCGCUUUGGAAAGCAAAGAAAUGUAAAAGCUGAGGAUGAAAAAGGAGAAAAUCAGAAGAAAAACGAUACAGAAAUAUGGAAGAAACAUAGAAGUGAGCUGAAGAAAGUUGAGCCUGUCAAUAAGAGAGCUGCAGAGAAAGUAUUGGACGCUGAUGGAGACAAGGGGUUCACGGUGGCAUCGGUCAAAAACACAGAGGGAAUAUCGUUUGCGAGAAGAGUGCCAAUCAGACAAGACGGUAGAGCAAGAGCAGAAAGAGACGCUAGGAAAGAGAAAAGUUUGGAAAAAGAUUCAGAAGCAGACGAUGGACUGGAAAGAAAAGUGCAAACCGAAAGUGAUUAUGUUGGUGCUUCUUUGGAAGUGUCACCCAAUCCCAGUGAAGCUCCUGACAGUCAAUGCAAACAUAAUUCAGCUUUCACAGAGUGCUCCAGUUUGCUCUCCAUGGUCCCAGAUCGGAUCCCCCACCGAGGACCAGAGUGGAGCGGCACAGGACCUCAAGGCCCUUACCUCAUGCACUCCAGUUUACCCCAACAAAACGAGGAACUUAUCAGAAAAAUAGAAAAAGUAGGGGACACAACUAUCUACAUAAACGAUAAGGAGGAAAGACGUUACUCUGCUGCACGUGAAGAGGAUCUUCAAACAGGAAGUCAUUCUGGACCAGAGAGAGAGAUUCCUAGAUCUCCAAAACGGAUCCCACCUCUUGAGGUUCAAAUCCCAAGGACUGUGUUUUAUGUUGCCGAAGAGAUGGCGGAGAGAAAAGACAGCGAGUGUCGGAGCGCGGACGGACAAGACUGGGAAGGAGGUCAGAGGGUGGAAAGGAGGGACAGCUGGAGGAUCAGAAAACCUUUGAGCCGGAUCGAGUCCCUCCGAGAGAAGAUCAGGCAGAGAGAGCUGGAUAAGCAAAGAGAAAGAGAGGCCCGGGUGGGAGAUGGGUGUGAAGCUGCUGAUGUCUGUGACGCUCCAGCAGCUGAGGACAGGUACGAGAUGAGAGGAAGUGAGGUAAAGAAAGAGUGGCAAGCUGUGGCGGUUCAGACAAGGUCGGCUGAGCCAGAGAGUGUAAAGGGAGAAGCAGCAGAGCAGACAUGCUCGGGUGUGUAUGACGUCAGACGGGAAGUCGGUGUGUUGAAAACCAGCCCUCAGCUUCCUGUUUCUGUCCUCAGUUCACAAGACAGCAGCAGAGAGGAAGUGGCAGGCGAGCGCUCGGCUUCUGCCUCUGAAGGCUCCCAGAUUUCCGAGGAUGAAGCUGACCCCCUGAAACAUGUAGAGCCGCACCUGGAGCAGCACAGGGCCCAAUACGAGAGCGCAGAAGAGGAAGACGAAGAAGAGGAGGAGGAAGACAGGGAGUUCUCCGAGGAGGAGUUGGAGAAAUAUACAACUUCUACAGAUUCUAUAGGAUCUCUCUCUCCUUCGCCGCCUCAUCCCAACUCUCUAGCAGCCAUGAGUCGGAUCUACAACCUGGACACUGUUGGCUCAAGAACUGGCUUAUAUCUGAGGGACAGGACAGUAGACAUCCCAUCUUCUGUACACCUUGUUAAAGUGAAGCCGUUUAUUUCAAGCUCCCAGCAGGGGGAUAGCAAAAGCAAAGCAGGUGACGACAUCCGUGGGGUCCAGACGAUACAGCAACAGAUCGAGCAGUUUCAGCUGAAAGAGCAGGAAGUGCUGAAGUCAUCUGCAAAUACUCCUGCAAAGGAAAGAGAAGCAAAAAUACAGCAGAAUCCCAAAAAAGAGUUAAAGUUGCAGGUGAAAGAAGCUGAAGAAACACCAGCACUCAACCCCAAGAAGUCUCCUCAACAUCUUUGUUCCCCAACAUCUCAGCAGAAGCAAACUAUCACCAUCAACUCCUCAUUUUCAAGAACCCAAUCACCUGACAACUCCCUGAAACCUACAAACUGUGCUCCGACUCCAGCCUCCUCGCCAUGCUCGCCAUCUCCUGCCAACUCCCCCAGCGUCUCCCCGUCUCCCAGCGCCUCGCCCAAGCUCUUCACCAUCAAGAGUGCUUCUGGGGGCCACGUAAAGAGAGGCGCCACCAUCACAAUCACCCCCAGAAAGCCUGCCGGAGGAGGAGCCACGGGGUCGGUGGCGAGGCCCGGAACAGCGGUACCAGCAUCAGCAUCAGCAUCAGCAGGGUCGGCUAAAGUCCCACCCCAGCAAGCGAUGAGCCCCACUGUGGAUGAGCCUACCAAGAAGUAUCCAACGGCGGAGGAAAUUGAGGUGAUUGGUGGAUAUCAGAAUCUGGAGAGGUCCUGUCUGGUCAAGAGUAAAGUGACACCAAAGAGGGGGAAGGUGUGUUUUGAUGAAGACCAGCUGGAGCAGGUGUGUGAGUAUCCUUCAGAGACCUUCAUGCUGACGUUGAGCCCGCUCCCUUAUGACCUUGAGAAAAAGGAGAAGGAGGCGCACAAGGACGAUGGCGAAGGUGAGGGAGGAGGAGGAGGAGUUGUGCUGAAAAGCACGAAGAGCACAGGGACUGCGACAGGACCUCGCCUGAGAGUGGAUGAGUCUUGCCCUCGGUAGAAGCCAAUCAUCUUCACCAAAAUUGCCCAUGUGAUGAGAUCAUCGACAUUUUAUCAAAAAAUCAUAUAAUUUUUUAUCCUCUGUUGAUUUAUUGGUGUGUUGUAUUCACUUUGGCAUCUUUGCUUAAUGUAGAAUCGGUUCAUUUAGGUUGAGGCACAUGGUUGUUUACUGUGGGAACAUUUAUUUUAAGGGACAGCUGUGAAUGUUAAAGCACGGUACGUACAUAAAAAGAUGAAAAUAAAAACUCAGGUGUGCAUUUCUGAGUGAUGACGAUCACUUAUCUAUGCAAUAAGAACAAAUAAAAAAAAGAUUUUAUUUUCCAGGUGAUAUAUUUUAUAGUUUCUUCUAUAUUUGUCUUUUAAAUGUUAGUUUGCUCUGAAAAAAAAAUAGACUUGAAGUGAUUUUUAUGUCAUCUGGAUUUAUGUGCCUGCUGGAUUAGCUCUUACAGAUGACUUAAAGAUUAAUGUGAUGUAAUCUGAUAGUUUGAAGCCUGUUUUGGUGCAAUGUGUGACAUGAUUGGUCUAUGAAUAUGGACUCUGUGAAAGGUUUUAUUUUUGGUGUUUUUAUUAUGAAUGGGACCUGAUUGGAUGUCAAUGAGAGGAAGAUUUUUGUUUCAACCCAGACACCAGAUGCACUUCAGCUGAUUUUGGACUUUUAUUUUGCUUAUUUAACCUAAAUAUUUCAAUUGGUGCAUGUGAUGGUUUUCCUCUGAUGGUUAAGGAAGCUGGCUUCAAAACAGAAAAAGCUAAUAAAGUGUUAUAAAACA